AUGGCUACACCCCAAGCUGUGAAGCUGCUCGAGCUUUGUCGGGUCUCUCCCCCACCCGGGUCUGUUCCCGAAACCACUCUGCCCCUCACCUUCUUCGAUGUCUUCUGGUUACUAGCGCCUUCCGUCCAACGUCUCCUAUUCUACGAGCUCUCCCAACCGAACACCACCACCGACUUCAUAAACACUCUCCUUCCCAAACUCAAACACUCCCUCUCCCUCUCCCUCUCUCACUUCUUCCCUCUUGCCGGCAAUCUCACCCAAUCUCCCAUAACCGGCGAUCAUGAGAUCCACUACAUCGACGGCGACUCCAUCUCACUCACCAUCGCUGAAUCCGACGCCAACUUCCACAAACUCGUUUCCAACCAUCAUCGAAAACGAGGAACUGAAUUCCAUCCUCUCCUCCCUCAAUUGCAACCACCUUCCUUACUAGCCUUGCAAGUCACCAUCUUCCCAAAUACCGGCAUCUCCAUCGGAAUCUCCCUCCAACACGUGGUAGCCGAUGGCCGCAGCCUAGCCCAUUUCAUGAAAUGCUGGUCGUCCAUCAACGGAAUCGGAGAUGAGUUUUUAAUCGCACCAAGCCCAUUUCACGAAAGAACCAUAUUGGAAGAUCACGACGGUCUCAAAAGAUCGAUCUUGAACCAGAUGGCGAAAGCUGUCCUCGAUCAUACCUCAGGAGCUUUUGAGGUUCUGACACUAAAGCCUCCCACCCCAACGGUCCGAUCCACGUUCGUGCUGAGUCGAGCAAACAUCGAGUUACUAAGAUGCCGAGUCUUGAACCGAGUCGAGCAGAGUCGUAAACCGUUCCAUUGCUCCACCUUCGUGCUAACGUGCGCAUAUGUGUGGACUUGCUUAAUCAAGACACGAGGAGAAGCCAUCACGGACGAAAAUGACCACUUCGUUUUCGCAGUCGACUGCCAGUCUAGAUUGGAACCUCCGUUACCGGCUACAUAUUUCGGGAACUGUAUCGGUUUGUGUUUCGCUGAGGCGAAAAGGAGCGAUUUGUACGGUGAAGAUGGCAUCGUGGCUGCGUCCGAGGCGAUCGGAAGAGCAAUCCAAGGGCUAGAGAACGGGGUCUUGAAAGGAGCUAUGUAUUUUGGAGAUAGCAGAGAUGAAGAAGGUGGGAUUGAUGUUGGGCUGGCGCUUUCCGAACAAGAGAUGGAUUGUUUUGCUUCUAUGUUCGAAGAGGGUGUGAAAGGUGUUGAUGUCGUGGGCCUUACUAAGUAA